GUCCCUUUGGAACAGAUCCAAAGGCAGAACUUGUCUUAAUUGCGGUUUUUAAUUGGCAUUUGAGGGGCUGGACUUUUGUAGGUGAUCGCUUCUUUAGUGCUGUGAGUGGCUAUAAGGGAAACUGUGGUUUUCAUUCAUUUACAUUUUAACGUGGCUUAGAAAUUGCUCAAAACCUUAGAGUUUUAACAAUAAAUGUGUGGCUCUGAGCAGAUAAUGUUAAGGAUGCAGAAAAAGAACUUAUUUAAAUGAUAACUUCGUGAUAUCUGCUCAAUUACACUUCCAGUGAAUUGAAAGUUGCCUUUGGACAGCAGAAAUGGAAAAGCUCCAUCUCUACACAAGCAAAAAUGCCUCCUUGUGAUUUUGUGCCUGAAAAAUAUGAUUCCUAUCCAUAUGAACGUAUGCUGAAGAUUCGUGAAAAACAUGUUUCUCCUUCGCUGCGAACAUAUUACAAGAAGCCAUUGUUGCUGCAUCAAGGACACAUGCAGUGGUUGUUUGAUCAUGAAGGACAAAGAUAUCUUGAUCUCUUUGCCGGGAUUGUCACUGUGGGAGUUGGUCACUGCCACCCGAAGGUAACUAUGGCUGCCCAGAAACAGCUUGCUCGCCUGUGGCAUACCACUAACAUCUACAUGCACCCAUCAAUCCAUGAGUAUGCUGAAAAGCUAACGUCUUUUCUUCCAGAUCCACUUAAGGUGGUUUAUCUAACCAACAGUGGGUCAGAAGCCAACGACUUGGCUGUGCUCAUGGCAAGGCUUUACACUCGUAACUUCGACAUCAUCUCUCUCAGAGGAGGGUACCAUGGAGGCAGCGCUUGCACAUUGGGAGUGACAUCUGUUGGUCUUUAUAAGCAUAGUGUCGCCAGUCGCUUUGGCUGUUCAACAACAAUGUUGCCGGAUGUUUUUCGUGGUCCAUGGGGAGGCAGCCAUUGUAGAGAUUCUCCAGUCCAAACUGUUCGGAAAUGCAGCUGUGCUGAAGGUGUCUGUCAUGCAAACAACCGGUACAUUGAACAGUUCAAAGAUACUCUGAAUACCUCGUUGCCAAAGACAAUAGCUGGAUUUAUUGCUGAACCAAUUCAAGGUGUUAAUGGAGCUGUUCAGUACCCAAGAAAUUUCUUAAAGGAAGCUUAUCGGCUAGUACGGGAAAGAGGGGGCGUUUGCAUUUCAGAUGAAAUACAGACAGGAUUUGGACGUACAGGCAGCCAUUUCUGGGGAUUUCAAACACAUGACGUAGUCCCUGACAUUGUUACUUUGGCAAAAACAAUUGGUAAUGGUUUUCCGAUGGCAGCUGUUGUUACAACAAAAGAGAUUGCAAGUCCCUUAGCUCAAAACCUUCACUUCAAUACAUUUGGAGGAAACCCUUUGGCCUGUGCAGCUGGAAGUGCAGUUCUUGAUGUUAUUGAAGAAGAUGGUCUACAAAAAAACUGUGAAGAUGUGGGGACAUACAUGCUACUGGAGUUGGCUAAACUGCGGGAUAAAUUUGAGAUUGUUGGAGAUGUCCGUGGCAAGGGACUUAUGAUUGGAGUAGAAAUGGUGACAGAUAAGGACAGUCGCCAACCCCUUCCAGCAGAAGAAAUGAAUCAGAUCUGGGAGGACUGUAAAGACAUGGGGGUUCUGAUUGGCAAAGGAGGACUCUACGGUCAGACUUUUAGAAUUAAACCUCCUAUGUGCAUUACUAAAAAGGAUGUCAACUUUGCCAUGGAAGUAUUUCAUUCUGCCUUAGAGAGACACAUGGAAAGAGCAGCUGCAAAAUAGAUUUGAUUUGUUUCCUUACACGAGAUGCACACAGAACCCCUGAUACUUGCCACCCUGAUACUGUGCACUGAUCUACUGGGGAUAAGAAAAUCAUAGUCUGAAGAUUAAAUACUCGUUCAGUAUCAUAAGAGCAGCCUGACAUAUCCAAUGUUUAAUACAGAAUACGCGGCAAUCUGUUUUGUAAACACACAGUUCGUUUCUACAGUGGUGUUGUGCCUUAGGGGCACACCUAUUCUAGGAUUAACAUAAAAACCCUUAUUGUGUGUUAACUGGGUGUGAGAUGAAGAGGCAGGCACACACUCAUCUUUAUUCUGUGAAAGUCAUAACAAAUUUUCAGUAAUUUUUAGCAAGUAAAAGCAAAUUAAUAAAGUUAUUUUGGUGAA